AUGACCGGAAUUUCAUUAUCACGCGUCGGCGACCCGCCCUAUAAGAGUGCAGACAUAACCGCACCUCAUUCAUCUACGGACGAUCCGGAACCAGGAUUGAAAGUGUCGUCUAACUACACCCGUAUCGUUCGGGAAAAGGGACCCAUCAAAGAGAUAUUUGUUAUUGACCACAGAAUUCAGUUGCACGAACGUCUUCUACCUCCUCUCAAUGAAGCAGAGAGGAGUGCAGAAGGUGGGAGAAGCAAUCUUUUUGUUAAAACGAAAAGCGGAAAGGUGGAUGUGGACAUCUUCAUCGCGACGGACAGUCCAAGUCCAAAGCCGAAUCGGAAACAUCGGACCUCCAGCUUUGCAACCGUAACAAAAAAGGUCAACUUGGUGGUAGAAUCUGAGCGUGGAGUGUAG